UGCUGCUGCUGUGGAGCGCUGCUGCUCCUCCGCUCUGCUUGGACCAGUAGCAGAGAUAUGAAUCUCCUCUCCACUUCUUUAAUAGCAAAGCUGACCGGCUGAGAGGAGACAUGUCCGCUCAAGGACUGUUAAGCAGUGUUUUCUCGUGCUCGCUGAGCCCCAAAAUUAUCGCCAAGCGGAGACUGAGGCAGACCAGGAGCCUGGACCCGGCGCUCAUGCGACAUUAUGGCACCGACGCGGAGGAGACGUCGUAUAAGGGUGACUUCACUUGGAGCAGCGAGUCAGGACGUAGCGUUGGCCUGAAGCCCGUCCCCUUGCAAAGCCUCUCAGAGCUGGAGAGGGUUCGUCUACAGGACGUGGCCUUCCAAAGACUCCUGCGGGAUCACGACCUGGGCUGCCACAUCGCCAUCCCUAAAUAUGGCCACAAGCACAAGAAGUCACUCAGGCGGAAGUUGGAUUCGUUAUCUAAAGAGAAGAGCAGAGACAAAGAGAAUUCGCCCCAGGCGUUUGGCAUACCGCUGUCACAGGUCAUAUCCAAUGACCGCAGACACAAGCAGCGGCACGAUCCCCUGCGGGAGGGGCACAGUGACCCCACUGAAUUGAUGCUAUCCUUCCUCCACCUCACCUCCAGCUUCAAAAGGGCCAACAAGGAGCUCUCCAGCAGCAACUCGUCCAUGAGCUCCACCUCUGAGACCCCUAAUGAUUCACCUCUGCCCAGCACACUAGACGUUGCCCCACGGACGCGCAGGAGGGGCGGAGUAUCUGUGGACUGCAUCACUGACCUUGACGAUAACCAGUCUCGGCUCUUGGAGGCCCUCCAGCUGUCUCUGCCAGUAGAGGCAGCUGGCAACAGGGAGAAGCGUCAUGACAAAAAGCUCAGCCUCAACCCAAUUUACAGACAGGUGCCCAGGGUGGUGGCUCUCUGCUGCCAGCACCUUGAAAAACACGGCCUGCAGACGGUUGGAAUUUUCCGUGUUGGGAGUUCCAAGAAGAGAGUGCGACAGCUACGCGAGGAGUUCGACCAAGGAUGGGAGGUACAUUUGGAUGAGGAGCACAGCGUCCACGAUGUCGCUGCCUUGCUGAAAGAGUUCCUCAGAGACAUGCCUGACCCUCUGCUGACAAGAGAGCUCUACACGGCUUUCAUCAACACAAUAUUGCUGGAUAAUUCAGACCAAGAGAGCACCCUGCAGCUCCUGAUAUUUUUGCUUCCUCCCUGUAACAGCGAUACGCUGCAGCGCCUCCUCUGCUUGCUGUCCACAGUGGCUGCACAUGCUGACGACAGCCUAGACAAUGAGGGACAUGAGAUCACAGGAAACAAGAUGACAUCACUCAAUUUAGCCACCAUCUUUGGGCCAAAUCUCUUACACAAGCAGAAGAACUCAGACAAAGAGUUUGCCGUCCAGAGUUUCGCCCGCGCAGAGGAGAGCUCAGCCAUCAUCAGCGUAGUCGAAAGGAUGAUCAAUACUUGUGGUACACUAUUUAUGGUUCCUGCUGACCUGCAGAAUGAGGUGCUGAUGAGUUUGCUAGAAACUGAUCCUGACGUCGUAGAUUACCUACUGCGGAGGAAGGCUUCUCAACACUUAGACCAAGGCCCUCUCAGAGCGGAGGAGUCCUUCUCUCUUACCGACAGGCGCUUAUCCAACGACUCCAUCAAAGCAUCUAGUGGAGAGGUGUCUCCUUAUGACAACAACUCCCCAGUCCUGUCAGAUGGACCGCUGUAUAAAUUCCCUGAGGACAGCAGUCCGAUGUCAGACAGGAUCCCCAGACUCUCUAAGCAGCACAAUCUCAGUGGCCAUUCUAAAGAUGGAUCUGGCAGCACCUCUCCUACGCUUUCCACAGACAAAGAGGCAUCAAAUGAUCCUUUCUGGGACACCUGGCAGGAACUGCUCAGCAAGGAUUUUACUGGCCAACACAUCACCGGCUCCCUCGGAGACAUGUCGGAAUGUGAGUCGUAUGGAUCAUCAGAGGGGCUGAGCAGUCACCAAGGUAACAACAAGCUGCCCGUCAGGCCAACACAAACCUCAUUGGGCGUGCUGGAAGUCAGGCCACACCUCCCGGUGACUCGCAGCAGCAGUGGCCCUCAUGACCAGAGAGGACAGACUCAACCGCAAUCAUCAUUACAUCAGCGACUGAGCGACCAAUCGGGAGCCAUCAGCUCGGAGAACUUAGUGGGAAGGACAGGACACCCUGUAUGUCCAUUAAUUAAGGUCAGGACGCACGGUUUGAUUCCUCCUUAUUACUCCGGACAGCUGAGGGAGACGCAUAUUUCUCACUCCACACCCUCCCUCUUCACGUAUAAGCCUGACCCUCAAACCCCACAGCAGGCCCAGACUGUAGAUACAGCAGAUGGGCCCGGAGAAGCAAAGGGCCCUGGUGCACCGGACUGGCAGACAGAGAGGUGGCAUAUAUGGCAGAUACUGUCAAAAGACAAUGAAGACACACUGACUGAAACCCUGGUGUGAUGCACCACUUAUACCUACAUGUACAAAACUGAUCACUUCAGGAGAACAGGGUCAUUCUGCCAUCAUGCACUGUGUCUGAAUGUGUUGUUAUUUUGCUGUGUUGUUAUUUUUUGCAUGAGUGUUCAUCUGUACAUAUAUGAAUUCUUUUGUUCAUGUUAACGUGACAUAAAAUGAUUGUUUUAUCUAAUUUUGUACUUUUUUGGUAGUUUAUUUUAAUGUGUUAAAGCCUUAAGAUAAUUUGCAACACAAACAUCUACAACCACAUUUAGACUUGAAUGAUCUAUUAAUACUUACUUUGAAGCCAUGAAGGUUUUUUCUAAUGCUGAAUGUAAAACUAUAAACAGUGUUUAUGUUGUGUUUUGGCUUAAAUUUGCGAUACUAUGAUGUGCACUGCUGGUGCUUUAAUGUUGAGUUUCGUUUCGUUAUAUUACAAUCUACUUAGCUAUGGAAAUGCUGCAGAUAUGUCCAUAUUACUACGCAUGUUUGUUCUCCAGAAAACAAAACUGGAGGAUGUGUUUUGUAUAAGGCGUAUUCCUCUAUUUUAAGUAAAGCUAUAUAUUAGUGAAUUUCUGCACUCACUUUCUGUUUAUAUGUUAUAUAUAUGCAAGAAAGGUAAAAUAACAAGCAGUAAUUGGUAUUUCUUUUGCUUUGGGAAAGAUCCCUCUUUCCAGCUAUGGACAAAGGUUACCUAUGUGGCACUUGCUAAACUUUACUGAAUCUAAGAACAGUAUACAGUAGUAUUGUAAAAUAUACAGUAUAAAUGUAAGCUACAACAAAAAAACUCCAUACAAGGUAAUUAUGUAUGACUGAGACCAUCUUUUGGCGGGUGAGUUGCAUAAAUAAACAUCAAGACUAAUUUCUA